UUCGGGCCGCGACGAGCCGAGCACCACUUCCGGGGCAAACAGUCGUGUAGCUCAGCUGUUCCCAUGGCGGCCCCGUUGCUCCACACGCGGCUUCCCGGAGACGGGGCCGCCGCCGCCACCGCCGCGCCAGCCCCGGGCUCCGCCGUCAAGGCUCCGGGGGCUUCGAGGACGGGAAUAUCAGAUAUGCUUGCCUUGGAGAAGGACUUCCUCAGUUCUCCACCAAAAAAAACUGUUCGGUUCGGUGGGACUGUGACAGACAUCUUGCUAAAAUACAAAAAGGGUGAUACAAAUGAUUUUGAGUUGCUGAAGCAUCAAUUAUCAGAUCCAGACAUAAAGGAUGCUCAGAUUAUUAACUGGCUAUUAGAGUUUCGAAAUUCAGUCACAUACUUGACAAAAGACUUUGAACAGCUCAUCAGCAUUUUAUUGAAAUUGCCAUGGCUGGAAAGGAGCCAAGAAGUGUUGGAGGAAUAUUUGGCUUUUCUUGGAAAUCUUGUUUCAGCGCAGACUGUCUAUCUUAGACCAUGUCUCAGCAUGAUUGUUUCUCAUUUUAUACCUUCUCGAGUAAUCAUCAAGGAAGGUGAUACGACUAUAUCAGAUUCGGAUGAUGAAGAUGAGAAUCUUCCUGCAAAUUUUGAUACAUGUCAUAGAGCCUUACAAUUAAUAGCAAGAUAUGUCCCCUCUACACCAUGGUUUCUUAUGCCAAUACUUGUGGAAAAAUUUCCUUUUAUUCGAAAAUCAGAAAGGAUUUUGGAAUGCUAUGUCCAUAAUCUGCUAAGGAUUAGUGUAUAUUUUCCAACCUUGCGACCUGAAAUUUUGGAACUUGUUGUUGAAAAGCUACUCAAGAUGGAUGUGAGUGCAUCACGACAAAAUGUUGAAGAUGCAGAGGAUGCAGAGGAAACGGCUGUUCAAACUAAUAAUGGGACAGAUACAGUAGAAAGAUUAUUUAAUAUGGAUGAAGAUGAAGAGACUAAAGAUGAAACAAAAGAUAUUUCUGGAAAGAGCGAUCAAAUGGCACAUCCAGUAGCUGAACGUUUAGAUAUUCUUUUGUCCUUACUCUUUUCCUACAUAAAAGAUGUCUGCUAUAAAAACGGUGAGAUUGAUGUUAACAAAACAAAGGACUUGUAUCGAGAUUUAUUAGGAAUCUUUGACAAGCUGGUGUUGCCAACCCAUGCCUCCUGUCACACACAGUUUUUUAUGUUCUACCUCUGUAGCUUUAAAUUGGGAUUUGCAGAAGCAUUUUUGGAACAUCUUUGGAAAAAAUUGCAGAAUCCAAAUAAUCCUGCCAUCCUCAGGCAAGCCGCUGGAAAUUAUAUUGGCAGUCUUUUGGCAAGAGCUAAAUUUGUUCCCAUCAUCACUGUAAAAGCAUGCCUUGACCUUUUGGUUAACUGGCUGCAUAUCUACCUUGAUAACCAGGAUGCAGGAACAAAAGCUUUCUGUGAUGUAGCUCUUCAUGGACCAUUUUAUUCAGCAUGUCAGGCUGUGUUUUACACUUUUGUUUUUCGACAUAAACAGCUUUUAGAUGGAAACUUAAGGAAAGGCUUGGCUUAUCUACAGAGUUUAAAUUUUGAGCGCAUAGUUAUGUCUCAGCUAAAUCCUUUGAAGAUUUGCCUCCCUUCUGUAGUUAACUUAUUUGCUGCCAUUACAAGGAAAUACCAAUUAGUGUUUUGUUACACUAUUAUUGAAAGGAACAACCGACAGAUGCUGCCAGUUCUCAGAAAUACUGCGGGAGGUGGUUCAGUACAGACCUGCACCAAUCCACUUGACACAUUCUUCCCCUUUGAUCCUUGUGUUCUCAAGAGAUCCAAAAAAGUCAUUGAUCCCAUUUAUCAGUCAUGGGAAGAUUUGAGUGCUGAAGAACUUCAGGAGUUUAAAAAACCUGUUGAAAAGGGAACAAUAGAAGAUGAAGAUGAUGACUUUUUGAAAGGUGAAGUGCCACAGAAUGACACUAUGAUUGGAAUUACACCAAGUUCUUUUGAAUCAAGUUUUCGGAGCCCAUCAAGCAGUGUAGGGUCUCCACAAGUCACAUACAUAUUGGACCAGCCCCUCUGAUAACAAGAAUAAAUAACUGAAGAGACUUUUCCCCUAAAAAAGAAAAAACAACCACAAACCCAGACUUGAAUAUCAUGUUUCAUAGGUUAUGGAAGUUGAAUUUAACUCAACCGUUGACAUACCUCAGGCAUCCUGGUUUCAAGUUAAAUUUUAAACAGUUUCCAGACUGAUGAUUUUUUUUUAGCAUAAGUUCUAGAAAAAGUUGAAUGAAUAUCAUGUGCAAUAUUUUAUAAUAUAGUUUAUUAUUGUAAUUUUGCAGUUUUCAUUUAAUGUAUAAAACUUUUACAUGUUACAUCUUUUAUAAUGUAAUUAUUAUGAAAGUUCUAAUACACAUAUAAUCCCAUUUUAUUUAAUAGCAUUUUAACAGAGACUUCUGCUUAUCAAUGCUAUUUUCAUAUUCCAGUAAUAGCCCUACAAUUCCAGUGCUUUAUUUAUGUGGUUUCAACAAAACAUCCUAUAUAAUAGAUUCUUUCACAAGUCUCUAUUCAUAUUUCAAGUCAGUCUUUGUGACUAUAACAUGUUUGCUUUGGUUCCGUGUUUAUUUUUUGUUGUAAAUAAAUAAGCAUCAUUGCUUAUUUAUUUACUGGGACCCAUUAUGCUUGGAUCUCAGUGUAGUGGAAAUAAUAGGGAAAGAAGGAGAUUGUUGAAAAUAGUCUGGGAUAAUAAAAGCUGGAAAGAGGGGUCAAGGGAUACUGCAGGAUUUGGUCUUGUGGGUUGAGGGGAAGGAGAAUGGUAGAGCUAGGAAGGCAGAAUUUUCUUUAUUUAUGCAAACAAUCAGGUAAAAAAAAAGAUACACUAUACAGAAAUUGUAUUAGUAGGUUUCCAUUUGAAUGGAAUUAAGAUUUACAAAAGUUCUUUUGAUAUCUUUUAAAAUCUAUUAACAUGGAAUUUUACCUGUACAUUUUUCAGGAAUGUUAUGUUUGAAAUGGUACUAAACAUAUGGCAGUGGUAAUGUUCAUAUUUUGAUAUUCAACAUCUAAAAUUGAUAGAAAAAUAUUUUCAUGUCUUUUAUUUGACUUAUUGUGAAGAUUUGUUAGGAAAAAAUGAGGUUGUUAAUUGAAUUAUAAAUCUUAUUCUUAGAAGUUAUUAUCAUCUUAAAUAUACUAAGUCUUCCAUGUAACACUGUCUUGGAGUUGGUGCUGAUGAAACAACUUAAAGAUGGAAACAUUUUACAAAAAGAACCUUUUGAGCACUUCUGUAAUUAAAUCCCCUUGGAUGUAAGGCAGUUCAGCCUUAUUGUGAAUUCUACAGUGUAAUAAUUAGUGUCUUUUCAAUAUUUGUGUAUUUUAUCUUAGUUUUUUAAGUGUAUAUAUAAUUUUUUUCUUAUGAGGAUAUAAAAAGCAUUACAUGUAUUUUUGUUAUUUAAUUUGUCAAUGAAACAAAUGCUUUCUUUGCUCAUAAAAUUUUGCAGUCCUUUCCUGAA